UAGAAAAAUAUAUCAAUAAUGCAGAAUUUACAAAAUUUAAUGCAAAUAAUGGUCUAAUUAUAGAAUUUCAUCCCAUUCUUGAGGCUUUUGCUCAUUUCACGUAUAAAUACACUGAAGGAUAUUUGGUAGUUUAUGACUUACAAGGUGUCGAUCUCG